UCCUCAGAAAAGGCACCAAAGUGGCUAAAAGGAAAUGAGAGGAGAGAGAAAGCAAGGGAGAGGUUCGUUUCUAGACGUUAUCGGAUUCCACCACUCCAACUCGCCGGAAUUGAGGACUUCCAUUUGCGUCCGCCUAGGGUUUCUGUUCCUGCUUGAUACGAACUGGGGUUCUUUUUUUUCUUUGAUUCUUGGGAGAGUGAACCAGUGUUUGAAUUCUUGAAUUUUUAGGGUUUGGGGUGUCUUAGUUUUUGAUCUCCUUGUUCGCAUGAGGGUGAAUCUACGAUCUGGAAAAUUGGUUUUUGUGAGGGGACAGUUGUGGAAAAUCUCGUGAUGUUUACUCCGCAGAGGAAGGUGUGGUCGAGCUGGUCGCUUACGCCCAGGAGCGAAGCCCAGAAGAAUGUGUCUGGAACUGCUUCAAACCCAAAUUCAGACCCCAUUGGCGGGGAUGUGAGCCUUGCGAAGUGCAAGAAUGUUGCUUUUGCUGAAGCUGCGACGACGACAAUUGGGUCAAAAGAGGCGGAGGAGCAGGGACCGUUGGUAGAGAAAGUUACCAAGCUCGAAAAAGAGCUUUUUGAGUAUCAAUACAAUAUGGGGCUCCUUUUGAUUGAGAAAAAGGAGUGGACUUCCAAGUAUGAUGAACUCGGGCAAGCAUUGGCAGAAGCGAAGGAUACUCUCAAGCAGGAACAAGCAGCACAUGCGAUUGUAAUAUCUGAUGUUGAGAAAAGAGAGGAGAAUUUGAGGAAGGCCUUGGGUGUUGAGAAGCAGUGUGUCCUUGAUCUAGAGAAGGCUUUGCAUGAGAUGCGUUCAGAGUUUGCAGAGAUCAAGUUUACAGCUGAUUCCAAGUUGGCUGAAGCAAAUGCUUUGGUUGCUAGUAUUGAAAAUAAAUCUUUGGAGGUGGAAGCAAAGUUGCAUGCUGCUGAUGCCAAGCUUGCAGAAAUUAGCAGAAAGAGCUCAGAGAUUGAGCGGAGAUCACAGGAGUUAGAGGCUAGAGGAAAUGCGCUUCGGAGGGAACACUUAUCCUUUAACACAGAGCGUGAAGCAAAUGAGACUGCUUUGUCUGAGCAACGGGAAGAUUUACGAGAAUGGGAACGAAGAGUACAAGAGGGAGAAGAGAGGCUGGCUGAGGGUCAGAGAAUCUUGAACAAAAGAGAGGAAAGGGCAAAUGAGAAUGAUAGGGUCUUUAAGCAGAAAGAGAAAGACCUUCAAGAGGCACAAAAGAAGAUUGAAAUGGCCAACUUAGCUUUGAAAAAGAAAGAGGAUGAUAUAAGCAGCAGGCUAGCAAAAUUAGCUUUAAAAGAGAAGGCAACAGGUGCUACAAAAAAGAACCUAGAGAUUAAAGAAAAGGAAUUACUUGCAUUAGAAGAGAAGCUUACUGCUAGAGAAAGAGUUGAAAUGCAGAGGCUUCUCGAUGAGCACAAUGCUUUUCUGGACGGGAAGAAAUGUCAAUUUGAGUUGGAAAUUGAGCAGAAAAGGAAAUCUGUAGACGAGGAUUUGAAAAGCAAGUUUGCUGAAGUGGAGAAGAGGGAGGCUGAAAUCUUCCACCGGGAGGAGAAAGUUGCGAAGCGUGAGCUGGCAUUGGAAAAGAAAUUGGAGAAGUUUAAGGAGAAAGAGAAGGACUUUGAUUCCAAAUCAAAAGCACUGAAGGAAAGGGAGAAGUCCAUCAGGGUGGAGGAGAAAAACUUGGAUGUUGAAAAGAGACAAAUGCUCACAGAUAAGGAGGAUUUGCUUAGCCUUAGAGCUGGACUUGAGAAGUUAAGAGCUGAUAUCGAAGAGCAACAACUAAAGAUACAUGAAGAGAAGGAACAUCUUAAAUUAACAGAAGAAGAGAGGUCAGAAUAUCUCCAUCUGCAGUCAGAAUUGAAGAAGGAGAUAGAAAACUGCAGACUUCAGAAGGAACUGAUCUUAAAGGAAGGUGAAGAUUUGAAGCAGGACCGGCAGAGUUUUGAGAGACAGUGGGAGGAUCUGGAUGAGAAGAGAGUUGAGAUUCAGAAAGAGCUGGAAGACAUCAAUGAACAGAAGGAAAAGCUAGAAAAACUAAAGUGCUCAGAGGAGGAAAGGUUAAAAGAUGAGAAGAGGGCAACAGAUGACUAUGUACAAGGGGAGUUAGAAGCUUUGAAGCUUGCUAGAGAAUCAUUUGCAGCCAGCAUGGAGCAUGAAAAGUCUGUGAUAGCUGAAAAAGUCCGAAGUGAGCAAACCCAAAUGAUCCAUGAUUUUGAGCUGCAGAAAAGGGAUCUUGAGAUUGGUUUGCAAAAAAGGCAGGAGGAGAUGGAGAAACACAUGCGUGACAGGGAGAAGUUAUUUGAAGAUGAGAAGAACAAGGAAUUAAACAAAAUUAGUUUCUCAAGAGAUGUAGCUCAAAGGGAAAUGGAAGAAAUGAAACAGGAAGGGUUCAGGUUAGAAAAAGAAAAAGACGAAGUUAAAGCAAAUAAGAAGCAUCUUGAAGAGCAGCAACUUGAAAUGCGGACAGACAUUGAUGAGCUUGUUACUCUCAGUAGGAAAUUGAAGGAACAGCGGGAACAGUUUAUGAAGGAGAGAGAGCGUUUCAUUGCAUUUGUUGAAAAACAAAAGAGUUGCCAGAAAUGUGGAGAAGUAACCUGUGAAUUUGUGCUUUCAGAUCUACAAUCAUUAACUGAAAUGGAGGAUGCAGGGAUUAUUCCUAUGCCAAAACUGGCUGAUGAUUAUUUGAAGGGGGGUCUCCUGGGUGACCUGGCUGCUUCUGCAAGGCAAAACAGGGAGACAUCUCCAGGUGUAGUUGGUUUAGGAUCUCCAACAUCUGGUGGGACAAUAUCUUGGCUUCGGAAAUGCACCUCAAAAAUUUUUAAGUUUUCCCCGGGUAAAAAGAAUGAGCAGGUGGCUAUAGAAAAUAUGACAUAUGAGGCACAUUUUUCUGGCAAGCAAGUUGUUAUUAAAGAAGCAUCAAAAGGAUUGGUUAGCACAGAGGACGAGCCAGAAUUAUCUUUGGGGAUUGCUAGUGAUUCUUUUGAUGUCCAAAAGAUACCAUCAGAUAACAGCAUCCAGGAGGUUGAAGCUGGCCAAGAUCCAUCAAUUGAUGAUCAGAGCAACCCAAACAUUAAGAGACAAGAAGUUGCGGAAGAUUCCCAGCAUUCUGAUUCGAAGGGUGGUCAGCGCAAGCCUGGCAGGAGAGGCAGGGUUAGAGUUAAUAGAACACGCUCUGUAAAGGCUGUUGUUGAAGAUGCUAAGGCUAUAUAUGGAGAAGAUAUGGAACAAAAGAAUGACAGUCAUCCAAAUGGGAAUACUGAGGAUUCUGCCCCUUUGAAAGCUGAAGGCCGGGAAGAAUCUAGUCUUGUAGAUAAAGGAACACCAAGAAAUGGACAAAAGCGGAGCUUAGCGCACACUUCUCAGACUACAGUGAGUGAGCAUGAUGGUGAUAACAGUGAAGGACGUUCUGAUAGUGUCUUGGGAGGUCGGCACAAGAAAAGGCGGCAAAAAGGAGGUCCAUCUGUCCAAAAUCCUGGAGGAAAACGUUAUUAUCUCCGGCGACCUAGAACGGAGGAAACAGUUGCUAUUGCUAGUGUCUCAUCGAACCCAAAUAAAGAAAGGAAGGAAGAUGCUGAUGGUGGAGGGACCCAAGAAAAAAUUCCAGACCUCAAAGCUGCUCGGGCAUCUUCAGGCGGAGUUGUCAGUGAGAAUGGUGGGAGCACACAGCAAGUGCAGUUUGAAACCGCGGCAGAUGUCCAGGAUGACAAUGCUGAUACAUCAACAGAGUUGGUCAGACAUAUGGGAGUGAGUGAAGAAGUCAAUGGGUCAAGGGGUGGGGCUGCAGAUUGCGGCGAUAGAGAGGAAUACAGGAGUGAAUCUUUCAGGGAAGACGGCAUUGGGGAUGGGGAUGGGGAUGAGACUGAGGAUGACGAUGAAGAGGUUGAGCAUCCUGGUGAAGUCUCUAUAGGAAAGAAGCUUUGGACUUUCCUUACGACGUGAUGCAAUUGAACCACAAUCUCAGCGUGUGUUCUGCUUUUGUGGGGGGUUUCUACUGCAUUGGCAAUUUUUAAGCUGUUGGGAGCCCUCUGAUGUGUAGUAGUGUGAAUUAACAUUUGUAAUGAAGUUGUAACCACGGAAGUUCCAUUUCUUGGCACCUUGUGCCCCAUUCUAGUAGGGGGUAUUUGGGGUGGGGGAGGGAGGGUCUUGGGGAGGUUAGGUUAUUUGUGUUGGGUUUGGUUUCAUUGCCUUCCCUCUCUUAAUUGUAAUUUUUGCGUGUUUGUAGAAUUAGGUUUUCGGGAUGUUGGAGCUGUUUUAUUUUAUUUCAAUUCUAACAUGAUCUGAUGCUGUAAUGACCAAUGCAUCUCUUUCCCUUGUUUUUUGGCUGGACUCCCUCAGAUUUCAUUUCCAAAUUGUUUGUAUUGUGUUUUAGGAAUGACUAACUCGGUUCAAUGAUCAUGCCUGGUUUUAUGCGUC